CCGUCCGUCUCCCAGCUUCGGAUAACAUCGAUCUGAUACUCGUCUUCAUCACUAGCUGCACAGCCGGGCUUCUCCAGGCAAAUUCUGCUUCUUUCUUUACUGAGAGAGAAGGGAAGAAGAGUUACUGUACAUUUUGUGCAGUGGUAGCAGCCUCCAGGGGUACUAUGGUUAUCUAAUCGGUAAUGGAUCGCCAAGCUAGUGCGCGAAUCGACCUGGAGUGUAUGCUGUUGGAUGAAACCAAAGAGCCAAGAGCUCUGCCGCUGCCACUCCUUGAAGACAUCACAAAGAGUUUCUCCGCUGACCAUGAAAUUGGACGUGGCGGAUUCGCGGUGGUUUAUCAGGGAAUCCUUGACAAUGGCAUGGUCGCUGUGAAGAAGCUGUCCAACACGUAUUUGUAUGAGAAUAAAUUCCAGACGGAGAUUCAAUGUCUGAUGAAGGUGAAGCACAGAAAUGUCGUACGGUUUUUGGGAUAUUGUUGCGACACACAAGGGCAAGUAGCAACGUAUGAAGGAAAUUUUGUCAUGGCUGACAUACAAGAAAGAUUACUCUGCUUUGAAUUUCUACCAAAGAGGGAUCUUUCUAACUAUAUCUCCGAUGCGUCCAGUGGACUUGAAUGGAGAGAUCGCUACAAAAUAAUAAAAGGAAUCUGCGAAGGACUGAAUUACCUUCACGGAAAUGGUAUUGUUCACCUUGAUCUUAAGCCAGCAAAUAUCCUCAUGGAUGCUAAAAUGGUGCCGAAAAUUGGUGACUUUGGCAUAUCGAGGUGCUUUCAGGAAGAGCAAACCCGCACUAUUGCUACAACAUUUGCUGGAAGCCUUGGAUAUCUAGCACCAGAAUUCAGCGACCACAUAAUUACACAUAAAUAUGACUUGUACAGUCUUGGAGUAAUAAUCACGGAGAUACUGACAGGAGAAAAAGGUUAUAGUGAUGUUGAGGAAGUACUUGAAAGGUGGAGCGAUAGGUUAGAGAAAUCACAGAGACAACAAGUAAGAGUAUGCACUGAGAUAUCAUUACAGUGCACUGAACGCAAUCCUAAGAGAAGGCCAACUAGUACACAAUAUGUAAUUGAUAGGCUUACUGAAACAGAAAGCGCGGGAACAAUGGAGCUACUUGACGUCUACCUUGUCGAGCUUCGCUUCCCUGUCGAACCCAACACAGAUGAACACGCAGUAUUCAGGCUUGUGAUUAAGAGCAUCAAGCCUUGGCGUUGCUUCGCAAGUCUCCCACUAUAUGGCAUUGUGCCUCCCAAGUCCUCUACUUACACUCUCGUUGUUACAGAGCAACAGCAAGAGAGGCUACCAGAAGAAAUGGAGUACGAUCUAAUCCUGCAGAGCAAUCUGUCAGGGGAUAAAAGCAUCCCUACUUUGAGAGACCAAUCUAAGUAUGAUAAGUUUUUCGACGAAGCUAAAGAGUCAGGGAAUGCAGUGCGUGAGGUGAUGCUGAAAGCUGUUUUUGCUUCACAAGGACAGACAACAUCAGAGACAAUCUCAAGAAGACUAAAGGAUCAAUGGAUAAUAUCCCUGAAGAAUACUCAUGGCAUGCUGUGCUCCCUUGAUGCACAGCCCACCGAGCCAUGCAUUGUAACAAGUCAUCAGCAUGGAGAUGUUUGCGUAUGGAACUAUGACCCGCAGAGACGGACGGAUUCAUUUAAUGUCUCAAAGGAGUCAAUCAUGCCCUCUUACUCAUUGUCGAAUAAAGUUCAUUCUGUUAAGGUUAUCUCAAGAAAGAAAUGGUUUGUGGCUGGGACAUCUGAUGGUGUGAUCCAUGUGUACAAUUACGACAACAAAAUACAAAAACUCAGGAGUUUCAGAGCCGCCAGUGAUUGCUUCAUCACAUCAAUGGCCGUCCAUCCAACCCGCCCAUAUGUAUUGUCAUCGGCUCAUUGUGAUAUGAAGCUCUGGGACUGGGACAACGGCUGGGAGUGCACACAAUCAUUCAUGCAAGAACACUCCGAUACUAUACAGCAAGUCGCAUUUAACCCAGUGGACUCCAAUAUGUUUGCAAGUGCUUCAGAUGAUCAAACAGUAAAGGUUUGGAGCGUCGAUUCUCCCGAAUCAAAAUAUACUUUGUCUGGGCAUCAGGACAAAGUGAACUGUCUCGAUUUCUUCAAAUCUAAUGAUCGACAAUAUUUGAUUACUGGCUCUGACGACCACACCGCUAAGAUAUGGGACAUGGAGGAAAAGGCUUGUGUUCAUACGAUGCAAGCUUUCAUAUCUCCGGUAAUUUCUGUCAUGGCCUUUCCCGAUAGCUCAUAUCUAAUUACAGGUUCAAGAGAUGGCUCUCUUCAUUUCUGGAGCUCCGCUGAAUUCAGUGAUUUCUGCAUGGUUCCUAGGCUGGAGAGAAUCGUUAACUUUGGCUCUGGUGGAGCUAUUUGGGGUCUCGGACGUUUCAUGGGGUCAAGAAGGAUUGUGAUCGGACAAGAGUACACAGUGUCAAUCAUAGCCAUUGACAAUGAAGAAGAACCAUUUGCUAGCGAGGACGGCAAUGAAAACUCCAUAUGAGCGGCGCAACAGGAAAAUGGACAACCUUCAUGUGAACUGAGGUCAAUCAACGACUUCUUAGCGGAUGCACGCUUAUGCGGUGAACUCUGGUUUCUGUAUUUGAUUUGGCACUGGAUUUUAGUAUUUGGCACAAAUCCGAGGUUACAUUUUGGUGAACCAUAUGUUGAUGUGCAGUUGGAUUUACUCAGGGAUAAUUUUGCUUUCUGUUCAGGAGAGGUGCUGACUCUGCCCACUGUCCGAUAAAAG